GUGCCAUGGUGAUAACUUCACUGUCAAAAGUACACACGCAUUGUCAAGUCCAGAUCAGCACCAAAAGUCCAAUGGUCAGCGCCGCCCGCUCGGCCUUUGAAUGCAUCGCGACUCCUGCUGCACAGAGCUCCCGGACUGCAUGAGGGCUUGAAGGCUGACUGGGUUUGCGGCAACUGAGCACGUCCGUAUUGACCAAAAAAAAAAAGAAAAAAAGAAAAAGAAAAGUUUGGCCAGCGUAUCGCAAUCAUGUCAGGACAACCAAGCUUCGUGAACCCGUUCCACAGACCCCGGUGUUUGGCUGCUGCUGCUGCGGCUCCGGCGGGGAAAGCCAAGCUCACGCACCCCGGCAAGGCGAUUCUGGCAGGUGGGAUCGCAGGAGGCAUCGAGAUCUGCAUCACCUUCCCCACAGAGUACGUGAAAACGCAGCUGCAGCUCGACGAAAAGGCAAAUCCUCCCAAAUACAAAGGCAUCACUGACUGUGUGAAGCAGACGGUGAACAGUCAUGGGGUGAGGGGUCUUUACAGAGGCCUGAGCUCACUGCUGUACGGCUCCAUACCUAAAGCAGCCGUCAGAUUUGGGGUGUUUGAGUUCCUCAGUAAUAAGAUGCGUGAUGAGAGCGGGAAACUGGACAGUAAGCGAGGGUUCCUCUGUGGCCUGGGGGCCGGAGUUGCAGAAGCUGUGGUUGUUGUCUGUCCUAUGGAGACAGUUAAGGUCAAAUUCAUCCAUGAUCAGACAUCAGCAAACCCCAAGUACAGGGGAUUUUUCCACGGGGUGAGGGAGAUCGUUCGAACUGAAGGACUGAAGGGGACGUACCAGGGCCUCACAGCCACUGUACUGAAGCAAGGCUCCAACCAGGCCAUCCGCUUCUAUGUCAUGACUUCACUGAGGAACUGGUACAAAGGUGAUGACCCCAACAAAGCCAUUAACCCUCUGUUAACUGGACUGUUUGGAGCUGUCGCUGGUGCUGCCAGUGUGUUUGGAAACACUCCACUGGACGUCAUAAAAACCAGGAUGCAGGGUCUCGAAGCUCACAAGUACAAAAGCACAAUGGACUGCGCCGUCAAGAUCAUGAAGCACGAGGGACCAAUGGCGUUCUACAAAGGUACUGUUCCUCGGCUGGGUCGGGUGUGUAUGGACGUGGCCAUAGUCUUCAUAAUCUACGAGGAGGUCGUGAAGGUCCUGAACAUAGUUUGGAAGACGGACUGAAAUGGGACUACCCCCGGUGCUACACAAGCAGGAGUUUUAGGACAGGCCAUCCACAUUACAAACCAGGCCGGGUCCUAAACCAGUCUCCUUAAACACUGCUUCUAGGUUCUAAUAUCUACCUCCAAGUGAUUUUCAGAAAGAAAGAAAGGGACUGGUAUGUUCUUGAUUUUUAUUUAUAACACAGCUAUUAGAAGUGGAAGCAUUAUCUGCAUGAAAAAAGCUCCGGAUUGCAGAGUCAGUGCUUACACUUGAUCUUUUUUCUUAAAUUCCAGAAGGGGGAAGUUCCUUAAGAGCUCAGGGAAAGGAACAGGGCAUUUAUUUACAUCUGUUUAACUAGAGAAAUGGGAACAACGUCAGCACAAAGAAGUGUGUCUCACCUGCAGCUCUUUGAGUUAUAUUCAGUUAUAUUAAAGCUGUAUGUUCUUAAUCAAAAAGACACCAAUACCCAACCCAACAUAAUGUGAUUCAGACUCUAUAAACAAAAAAAUUAUACUUGAAAAUGAGAGAUUUUACAAGAGAUCAAAUUUUUAAAGCCCUCUUUACAUGCAAGUAUUUUUCCUUCUUUUAAAAGACUGUUCAAAAUCAUUAUUUCAUUCAGUGCCUGGUGGAAUAAUUAAUAUUCAGAUAUCACAUGCUGCAGAGGUUUAGGUACAUUAAGAACUAAAUGCCUCAAGUCACGAUAAUCAAAUUGAUCAAUAUUGUAGGAGCCAUAGAGAUGCGGUUUUGCAUACAUUGCAUAUGUACUCAAUUUAUUUAGAAAUGCACAUUUCGACAAAAUGGGGGGCUGAGGUUGCGUAAAGAGGGUUCACUUUUAAGUUGCAGAGAUGUUUUAAUCAAUUAACUUACUAGACUUAUGCUAUAAAAAAGUGCCUAUGUAUUAUAUGAUUCAUUUUGAGAUCUUUUGAGAUUAAGAAUGAUUGAAUGUUGUAAGUACUUAGUCACUACAGAUUGUUUUUAAAAAUGUACUCAGUUGCACACACUGCACUGGUGCCUGAUGUUUAAUUCUAGGCAACGUCUGAGAUGUUCAUAUCUUCUCAAUUCAUCAUAACUGUUAGUAGGAAUUUUUUGCUUCUAAAUCUUUAAUUGCCUUCAAUGCAUAGAGAUGCCUGUUUGAGAAGUGCCAUUAAUAGUGCCUUCCAUCUCAUUCCAUGGAGGAUGAGUGGUGUAGGAUAGCUUUUAUUGCAGAUUUUCAGGUUCUGUUUUUUUUUUUUUUUUUAAUUUUUAACUAUGUAAUAUUAAUUGCCUUUACUUUUUACAUCAACUGACAACCCAAUGUGCCAACUGCUGCUCAGAAAUAUAAUGCCAUGUUAUAGACUGGAAGUUUGUAGUUUAUGAGUCUUGACAUGUUUACAUGCAGUGCAAUUGAUUUUUUAUUUUUAUUUUUUAUUUUUUGCUCAUCACACAGUCUUUGUGUAAAAUACACAAUGUUUACUUUGAGCUCCCUUUUCCAUCUUCAUGUUAAACUGGGCCUUGCAUACGUGUAGAAUUAUGUCAUAGAUAUUUAAAUAUCUGUGGAGUUUUCAUAAUGUCACAUGAAAGUUUUCCUGUAGCUAAACACAGUAUUGUGCCUUCGGUCUAAUUAAUUCUAAUAUUGUAUGCUCACAAAUAAACUCUGGAUCAGA